AUGACUACGACGGCAGCGAGACCAUCUGGAACGACCAGUUUCCCAACACUGGACGAAUCAAUUCCUUCCAGGUCACGAUUUUCCACAUUCGACAACCUGGCGCGCUCUCGGAACCCAAAUCUUCCACAACCACAAGCUCCGACCGCUACGCCUUCGACGACCUUACCAGCAGCAACACAAGAUGACAUCCAAUCCCGCUCACGUCCACCCAUGCCCCGCCGCACCUCCUCUGCCAUGCACCGUGAAGUCCUCACCCGCCUCCGUCCUCUCCCAUUCCAGUACAUCUGGUGCGCAUGGCACUCCAAGCCCUACAACAGCACAUCACCCCAGAACUCCUCUCCCUCGACCUCACCCAACACAACAGAAGUCACCACCAACGGCCUGACCCUCCUCUCCUCCUCCGUCAAGGACAUCGCCACCUUCUACCGCAUCUUCAACAACACCCCCUGGUCCUCCCUGCCCACCCGCUCCUCCAUCCACUUCUUCCGCUCCGGCGUGCUGCCGCUCUGGGAGGAUCUUGCGAAUCUUGAGGGGGGCUGUUUCGUUCUGAAGAUCCGGAAGGACGACGGUGCUAGUCCUGGUUCCUCAGGAGAGAAAGGCAAAGCGCUCCGCACCUGGGAAGAACUCUGCCUCCUCACGCUCGGCGGCGAGCUCCAAGCCGCGAUCAACGAACACGGGGAUGCCGUGCUGGGGCUGAGUUAUAGCAGUCGGGUGUACCAUGCGGUGAUUAGUAUUUGGACGAAGCAGGGGCGGAAUGUGGCUGCCAGGGAGAAGUUGGGACAGGCGGUGUUGGCUGGGCUAAGCGCGGAUCUGAGACCUGGAACGGGAGCGGGGAGUGGGGUGGAGUAUUACUACAAGGUGCACGCGGAUUGUGCUGGGUUUGAGGAGGCUGUGCGGGAGAGUAGGGAACGGAGGGGGAGGGAGGUGCUGGAGAAGGGAGGAGAUGAGAGUGUUGAGUCGGAGUCGUGA